AUUACAGUCUCAUCGACGGCAGCGGUUGCGAACGACGAGAAAAGGUAUGCCUUCACUAUACUCUCUCUCAUUUCCCUCGGCGGCGGCUUCAGCUAAAGCCUUGAAGAACUCGUCUUCUCGCCCCUUUCCCAAGAGCUUGUGUAGGGUUUCAUGGAAUAUCAGAGCUUGCUCCCGCGCUGCUUCAGUUUCAGAAUCUGAUGCCACCAAUUCAGAAUUACCUUCUAACCGAAGAAGUAAUUACGCGGGCGUACAUCUUGACGAGACCGUGGACAUCAAUUCUAAGUUGAGACUUGAUUCAUGGAUUUCUUCUCGCAUUACCGGCGUCAGCAGAGCUCGAGUUCAGUCAAGCAUUCGUGCUGGACUUGUAAAUAUCAAUGGCCGAGUAAUCGAUAAGGUUUCGCAGAUGGUUAGAACAGGGGACUGUGUUGUGUGCACUAUAUCAGAGUUGCAACCCUUAAAGGCUGAGCCGGAAAAUAUACCUCUAGAUAUUGUUUAUGAAGAUGAGCAUGUGCUUGUUGUUAACAAACCUGCUCACAUGGUUGUCCAUCCUGCACCUGGAAAUCCUAAUGGAACACUAGUGAAUGGAAUUCUUCACCAUUGUAGUCUACCAACUGCUACACUUCCUGACGAAGAAAUUCUCUCUGACAAUGAAGAUCUGUUUGAUGAGUUAAAUGACUUGUCAACUGAUAUAAAUUCUUCUGCAUAUGCUGCUUCGGUUCGUCCAGGUAUUGUCCAUAGACUAGAUAAAGGAACAAGUGGAUUGAUAAUUGUUGCUAAGGAUGAGCAAUCCCAUGCCGGCUUAUCCGAACAAUUCAAGAAACAUUCAAUUCGAAGAGUAUACAUCAGUCUUACGUGUGGGGUUCCAUCACCAGCUUCAGGGCGUAUUGAUAUUCCUAUAGGCCGUGAUCCAAAUAAUCGGAUUCGUAUGGCUGCCAUUCCUGGUUCAACCAACUCUAGAAAGGCUCGUUAUGCUGCUAGUAGGUAUAGAGUUCUUGAAGUGCUUGCUCGUGGCAGCUCUGCACUAGUCCAAUGGCAGUUGGAAACUGGACGCACUCAUCAGAUCCGUGCACAUGCGAAGCACUUAGGGUUUCCUUUGCUUGGUGACGAAGUAUAUGGAGGAACUAAAAGCAUGGUCAUGGGAUUGAUCAGAUCAAAAUUGUCAUCCAAUUUUCAUAAUCAACUAAUGCAAGUGGUUUCACACUUUGAUAGGCCUUACUUGCACGCCAUGGUUCUCGGGUUUAAGCACCCACAUACAGGGGAAGAAAUGGACUUCUCUUGUGAGCCGCCUGCAGAUUUUGCUGAUAUUUUGAGCAUUUUCCGUGAAACCAAUGCAUAGAAGGUAUUUUAACAAAUCAUACGACGAAUUAUGUUGGAUCUUCGGGGAAAAGUGCGGAUUUCUUGUGUGAUUCGCUGUUAAAGCCUUAUGAGGACGUCUGGCUCACUAGUGGAGAGCCAAAUGGAUUCAUACUUGUUUAUGCAAGACUUGUUGAUAUAUGUAUUCAUUCCUUUCAUGUAGUUUUUUGUGUUCAUACACUCCUUUCAUUACCAACCUUAAUUUUUGCUAAACUUUAAAUAGUAAGCUUAAAGCUUUUAGACCACAACAAACAUCCAUACAUCCCAUAUUUUGCUUAAUUUGGAAAUGGUUUGGAUUUUCAUUCUCAUUA